AUGGAUUGCAGAAUGUGUUUUCCGCGAUCCGCGAUGGAGGCGGAAGGUGUUCAUUUUGGAAGGUUGCGCCCUUAUCACCUUGAGCACGGAGAGGCCACCCUUGAGCGAGAGGUGACGGAGGUAAUCGGAGGUUCGGUCGUUGUAACAAUCAGUUCUACGCAUCAUCUCAGGCAGACUCCCGACGUCGAGUCCGACCUCCAGCCCGACGCCGAGUCCGAUUGCGUAGCCGACGCCAAGCCCCAUCGCUUCCCAGAUGUGCGUGGGUGGAGGCUAAGUGGACUGGUGGUCUCCACUUCCACGCUCAGGAUGUAA